GAUUCUCUUGAAAUGAAUCCCUAAAAAACAAAUGAUAGAUACACCCUCUAAUUUAACACAUUUUUCAACACGCAUUUGCUUUAAUUAUUAAAAUAUAAUAUAAAUAAAGUUAAUUCAAUCAAUUCAUACAUACUAUAUGUAUAUAUGAAUUAAUGGGAGAGACCAGAACUUGUGUUGGAUAGUUUCAGGAAAUUAUCAACAGAAGAAAACAAUUUUCUGGAAGCAGCCUUUACAGUGCAGGAAAUUCAAGAAGUAGUGUGUGGGUGCAACGGAAGUAAAAGUCCAAGACCGGAUGGCUUCAAUUUUAACUUUGUGAAGAAAACGUGGCCAAUACUGAAGAAGGAAAUCUAUAAAUGUAUGGCAGAAUUCCACAUGAAUGGGAAAUUAGCUAAAGGAAGUAAUGCAUCAUUUAUUGUUUUGGUCCCUAAGAAGGAGAAUCCUCAAUGUUUGGGAGAGUAUAGACCAAUUUCCCUUAUUGGUUGUAUAUAUAAAAUCAUCUCCAAAAUCUUAGCAAACAGAUUGAAAAAAGUUAUGUCUUCUUUAAUUGGACCCCAACAAUCUACAUUUAUAGAGGGAAGACAAAUCAUAGAUGGAAUAAUUAUUCUCAAUAAGGUGAUGCAUGAAGCUAAGAACAACAAAAAGCCAGUACUAAUCUUCAAAGCAGAUUUUGAAAAGGCAUAUGAUAGUGUCAAUUGGAAAUUCCUAGACAACAUGAUGAGCAAAUUUGGGUUCUGCCCCAAGUGGAGAACAUGGAUCGGGGAGUGCAUAUCAUCAGCUACAGUUUUAAUCUUGGUUAAUGGGAGUCCUACAGAAGAAUUUCAAAUGGAAAAGGGACUAAGACAAGGGGAUCCUCUAGCCUCAUUUCUAUUUCUCAUGAUAGCUGAAGCCCUAAAUGGUCUCAUGAUGAAGGCAGUGGAGGAGAAUUUGUUUCAGGGAGUUGAGAUUGGAAGAAGCGGCCUUAAACUCACGCACUUACAAUAUGCAGAUGAUUCUAUAUUCUUUUGCGAAGCAAAUGAGCAAAAUGUGAUGGUUCUAAAGAGCAUUUUAAGAUGCUUUGAAAUGAUCUUUGGCCUCAAAGUUAAUUUUUUCAAGAGCUCUCUAAUAGGACUCAAUGUGGAAAAGGUCAACCUUGAAGCUUAUGCAGAGAAACUGAAUUGUGCCAUUGGCAAGGUUCCUUUUAAAUACUUAGGGUUGCUAAUUGGUUCAAACCCGAGAAGAUUGUCUACUUGGGCCCCGGUGAUUGAUAUCAUGAAGAAGAGGCUUUCCAACUGGAAGAGGGACUCGCUAUCCUUUGGUGGGCGUAUAAUUCUUCUAAAUUAUGUCCUCUCGAGCAUCCUGAUGUACUACUUCUCAACCCUGAAAGCCCCAAAACAAGUAACUCUUUUACUUACUAAAUUACAAAGAAAUUUCUUAUGGGGGGGAGGUGAGAAUAGUAGAAAGACAACUUGGGUAAAAUGGGAGACUAUUUGUAAUAGGAAGUUAGAAGGGGGCCUCGGAGUUAAAGAUUUACAAAAGUUUAAUCUAGCCUUAUUAGGGAAAUGGAGAUGGAGAUUUUUAUUAGAAAAAGAGGCAUUGUGGAAACAAGUGUUGGAGGCUAAGUAUACAAUAGAUAAAAGUGAGAUGUGGGAAGCAAAUAAAUGGGAUAGGUUAGGUUCGGCAUGGUGGAGAGACCUAUGGAAGAUAGAAUAUGCAGUAGAUGGAAAGAGGGGAUGGUUUAAGGAAGGGGUAGGAAAAAAAGUAGGAGAAGGAAAAGAAACACUGUUCUGGCAUGAGAUAUGGGUUGGAGAUAAGCAACUAAAGGAGAAAUUUAACAGACUAUUCAGCUUGUCCAAGGAAAAAGAUGUUUGUAUUGCAUAUAUGGGAGAAUGGAAGAACGGGGAAUGGACAUGGAACUAGAAGUGGAGAAGGAGACUCUUUGCAUGGGAAACUAACAUGCUACAAGAUUUUCUAUCAACAUUAUAAGGAACACAGCUGAAACAAGGUGAGGACGACUGCUAUGUGUGGAAGCAUGACUCAAAAGGCAAGUACACAGUGAGAUCGGCAUACAACUUAUUAAACUAGAAACAAGAUA